UAUUCAGCAGUGUCACUUCCCAUUUGAUCCAUGUGCUGUGCUGCGCUGCGCUCCGCGUUGAGUCUCUGCGGCGGUGCCAUGGACUCCGACACGACUUCUUCCAUAGACGAAUAACUUCGGAGUGCGUGUCUAAUGUGCGCGUGCUGGACGGCUCGAGGACGAUCAAGACUUCGGGCUGAGACCCUGGACCUCGACUGAAGAGUGAAACUGGUGAGGUUAGGCGACUUCUUCGUGGCAUUGAGAUCAAAGAGCAGCUUGCCACCAGCGCGUCUCCUGGGGUUUGUCUGUCUGCUGGCUUGGGACUGCUACACAAAGUUAUGGAAAUGUUCACGAGCAGCCCUGACGCACUCAACCAGUCGGCAGUGUUCAUCUCGGUAUUCAACUCCAGCUGUCGCUUUAAUGAGGAGUUCAAGUACAUCCUGCUGCCUGUGUCCUACAGUCUGGUCUUCGUGUUCGGCUUCAUGCUCAAUGCCACAGCUCUGUGGCUGUUCCUCAAGAUGCGUCCGUGGAACCCCAGCACAGUGUACAUGUUCCACCUCGCCCUGUCCGACUUCCUGUACGUCCUCUCCCUGCCCACCCUCAUCUACUACUACGCCAACCGCAGCCACUGGCCCUUCGGAGUGGCUGCCUGCAAAAUAGUGCGCUUCCUCUUCUACACCAACCUGUACUGCAGCAUCCUUUUUCUCACCUGUAUCAGUGUGCACCGUUAUCUGGGCAUCUGCCACCCCAUCAAGGCUCUGACCCUGGUGAAGUCCCGCCAUGCUCACCUGGUGUGCAGCACGGUGUGGGGUGUGGUGAUCGUGUGCCUGGUGCCCAACCUCAUCUUCGUCACCACCUCCAGGAGGGACAAUGACACCCUGUGCCAUGACACAACCAACCAGGAGUCCUUUGAUGAGUAUGUGGACUACAGCUCUGUAGUUAUGGUGCUUCUAUUUGUCAUCCCUUUCCUUGUCAUAGUGGUGUGUUACUGCCUGAUGGCGCGGACCCUGUGUCGGCCCAGACGUGGAUUAUCUUCUAGCCAGCAGGGCGCCGCCUCGCGUCAGAAGUCCAUCAAGCUCAUCAUUGUGGUGCUGGUGGUUUUUGCUGUGAGCUUCGUCCCAUUUCACAUCACACGGACCCUCUACUACACUUCCCGUGUGUUAGAUCUGAACUGUGAAUUCCUUAACAUUGUUAACUUUACUUACAAGAUCACCAGGCCGCUUGCGAGCCUCAACAGCUGCAUUGACCCAGUACUGUAUUUCCUGGCUGGGGACCACUACCGGUCCAAGCUGAUGUCUGUUCUGCCUGGAAAAAGAGAGGCAAAGAGCAGCCAAACACCAGAACAGGCACAACGCAGUCACAGUAAUCUCGGUAUCUCUCUGGUCUAUAAGAACUCAGCCCUCAAAGCCAGUGGAGAGACUGAAAGAUAGCAAGAAAUCUGUUGCAGAAAUCUACAGUAUUAAAACAUUUAUUAAUGAUUUCUGCUCCAGGCUAAGAUAACACUUCUAAUGCCGCAUACAGAAGCACCUGUUUCGUUGUUUUUCUUUCAACAGAGGGGUUUAGAAGAACGAGUUUACCGUAACAUCCACUUACAGUACAUGUCUUCACCCUAAUCAGUCUCUGUAUUGCCCAGCAUAAAGAGCAUGUUUCAGUUCCUCUCAUUCUCUCGAGUUUAUUGUGCUUUAAAGACUCUGAACCCUCUCUUUAUGUCCAGUCUUCCACAAAGGGAUCGUUACACAAAAGUCUUGUUAAAAUAGACAGGAUUUACGCUGCUCUAUACUGCUCUUCUUUGUGGGGAAAAUGGUGUCUGUGCAGAAGAAAAGCGCCUUUAAACUGUGGCGAUAGCAACUGAAACACGUGGGCGGCGGCGGUGAACUAUUGCCACCUUUUACAGCGACAUGACCUGAGUAUUAAAGUUCAUGCCAGGCCAAAGGUGACAGACAAUGUUGUAUUGCUUCAGAAAUGAAGUUAUGAGGCAAUCCUUCCUGUUUUAUCAACAAUGUGCGAAUGUUUCCCAGAAACGGGGGGUACAGCCAGUGCAGCUCCUGAUCCCAGCUGUUUCUGUCCUUCAGCUUUCACAGCUGUCUUUUGCUCAGCUAUGAAGAAAAACAGAGAUGCUGAUCUGAUGUUCUUAAACCACCCACGCCUCAUUAGAAGGAAAGGGAUUUUCCUUUUUUUGUCUUUUACCUUUGGCAUUGAUGCGUGGAAUUUAAAGGCCCUUUUCCCUCAGUAGUGUAGGCUGAACUCCUUGAUAGUUUUGCAGGAUGUGAACACAGAUUUGGAAAAUUUGACUUAAUGCUGCAGAGCGUUUGUUCCCCAACCCUUGCUUUUAACGUUGAUGCUGUUUACUAGAUGUAUUGAUACAGUUUUGUCACUCUGUGUUCUGAUGUCAAGCAUGAACAGAAUUUAUACAGGUGUUUUUGUAAAUACAGUUUGAUAUGUGUCAUCAA